AAAAAAAAAACACAAAGUUAGUUCUUACACCAACCAAUCAAAAAUGUUGCGCAUUAUCUUCCUCUUAUCUCUCCUUUUUGCUCUAUCCACCGCCUCAGUUCAAGACUUCUGUGUGGCCAACCUAAAACGUGCUGAGACCCCAGCGGGCUACCAAUGCAUCCGUCCCAUUCAUGUCAAGGCCAAGGACUUUGUCUUUUCCGGUUUAGGCACUCCUGGUAACACUACCAACAUCAUCAGCGCUGCGGUUACACCCGGUUUCGUCGCUCAGUUUCCAGCUUUGAACGGUUUAGGACUCUCUACAGCUAGACUUGACUUAGCUCCUAAAGGUGUGAUCCCAAUGCACACUCACCCUGGUGCCUCUGAGGUUCUUUUUGUUCUUGAUGGUGCCAUUACCGCUGGUUUUGUCUCCUCUGCGAAUGAUGUCUAUGUACAGACACUUAAACCGGGACAGGUUAUGGUUUUCCCACAAGGCUUGCUUCAUUUUCAGAUCAAUGCUGGAAAAUCAGCUGCUGCAGCGUUUGUCACUUUCAGCAGCGCUAGUCCUGGUCUCCAGAUUCUUGAUUUCGCGCUUUUUGCUAAUAAUCUUCCCACUGAACUCGUGACGGGUACUACUUUCCUUGACCCUGCUGUAGUCAAGAAGCUUAAGGGUGUUCUUGGAGGAACUGGUUAAAAACAAGACUUGACUAUAUAUAAAAGAACAACGCAUGUUUUUGUUUUCUCUGUGUUUGUGUUUCUUGUAAUUUUUUAAAACAUGUCAAGAUUAUUAUAUUGUAUGUGAGUUUUUCAAUUAAGUUCCUUAGUUGGUCACACCGUUUAUAUCAUUACCUCUAUGAAACCUUCCUACGGUGAAACUUAGAAGAAGAAAAAACGAAGUGAUGCUAAUUUUUAGGACCAAGCUCUCACAAGGGUUUUAAUGGUCCCAAAUCCAUAA